UCUUUACCUGCAGGAGCCAGGCCUUGGGAGCCUGUUAUGUGUGAUAAAAGUCAUAGAGAAAACUGGUAAAGAAACCAGAUUUUCUCUCCUAGUGAAAAAUGGCUCCAAAUGACCAAAGGGUAUCCUUCUCUUAUUUCCCUUGGUCAACAAUGUGGUUUUACUUUCAGUGUUAAAACCAGGAUCGUCCUGCCAGAUGCCAGACACACACACACACACACACACACACACACACACACACCCAUUGCCGUCGAGUCAAUUCCAACUCAUAGUGACCCUAUAGGACAGAGUAGAACUGCCCCAUAGGGUUUCCAAGGAGUGCCUGGCGGAUUUGAACUGCUGACCUUUUGGUUAGCGCUGUAGCUCUUAACCAUUGCACCACCAGUUUCCAACUGCCACACUGCAGGUCGUUAUCAAAGUGCUCGAGGAGGAUUCAGAACAAAACCAUUAAAUAGUCAGAUCUGAGGGUAGCUAACUUGGUGAUACUUCCUUAUUGCCUCACUUAUAGUCCCUGUCCCUCGUGGUGCAAAGGGUUAACUAGCAGAAAGGCUGGUGGUUCGAAUUCACCCAGAGGCACCUUUGAAGAAAGACCUGGCAGUUUACUUCCAAAAAAUCAGCCACUGAAAGCCCUAUAGACCGUUCUACUCUGACACACACACUUUUUUUUUUUUUUUUAAUAUUCUCUCGGUAACUCAGUGUUAUUCCCUAUAGGUAGCUAUGGUACAUAUAUUCUUUGUGAGUUAUCAGGUUUGUUGUUUCUGUGGGACCAGUAUCAGCCUUCUAGGUCAGGGUUUUCAAUCUCAGCACUAUUGACAUUUGGGACCAGGUAAUUCUCUGUUGUAGGAUUUUAUUCUCUGUAUUGUAGGAUGUUUAGCAGCAUCCCUGACUUCUACCCACUAGAUGCUAGCAUCAACCUUCACCUUCCACUUGUGACAACCAAAAAUGUCUUCAGACUUCAGUCACAUCCUCUGGGAGUUGGGGUGUGGAAAAUUCCCUGCAGCUGAGAACCACAACUCUGAAAUCCAUAGCAGCCCCCAUGUUUAAGGAAACUGAUCCACUUGAUCAUCUUUGCAACUUAUCUGACUUUCUAGUAUGGUUCCCUGCCACCCCCUCCCCGUCUUGCAAUAUUUUAAAAACCAAUUUUGACAGCUGCUUUGCCCUUUUCAUCUCCUUCCCCUGCCAUCUCUGAUCACGUGAUUACUUACGAAAUUCUAAAACAUACCGAUGGAACGCAAGUUUGUCUAACAGUCUGGUAAGAGUCAUUCUGUUGAGCUCUUUAGAAUCUGUGGAAAUUCUUUCUUCCUCUUCACUUCUUCAUUUGUCUCAGUAGGGUGUCCCCAAAAGUUCACUGGAAUUAAGCAAAUAAAAGCCUUCAAGGUUUCUUAGAAAAACCAAAAUCAAACUCAACCCACUGAACUAGAAAGCUUGUUUUCUCUCAAAGUCCUACCUUUGCCCGGACUCUUUCUGAAAUAAUGAAAUGAUAGUCUGUGUAAAGACUUUAGGAGUACACAGCUUCUUAUGUACUUAAAGAAGAUUUUGUGUCUCAGAAGUUUAGUCACCCACAAUACUGGUAUAAAGGCUGCAGGAUUGAAGACUGCUUGUACCUUAUGGGUCCUUGUAGUGGCACAGUCAGCCCCCGCUCUUUCUAAUUAUUUAAAUGAAAAAUAGUCUAAGCACUGCUCUGCUGUUGCUAAGACCACUGUGUGGCAAAGGGCCAUCUGAGCCACAUCUUAAACUCUGACAGAUGAAGAUUUAAACCAAAGAUACGGAAUAAUACUAUUUUUAUUAAGUUUUGCAGAAAUGGAAAUUCCAAUUAUAUUAGUAACAUGUUCCAGUUUUUAAUUACCCUCAGAGUAAAAAGUUUCUUUCUUUUUCUUAACCACUGAAGCUAAUUUCCUCUUUAUACUAUUUGCUUUAUAAGAACAAAUUUUAAUCUAAUUAUAAAAAUAACAUCAGCUACUCAAGAAACACAGAAGGACACAAAGGAGAAAAUAAAAAUCAUCUGUGAUCCCACCCAGAGAUAACUGCUGCUGAAAUUAUAUAUGUCUUUAAAAAAUACAUGUAAUAUAUGUUUGGAGCCCUGGUGGCGCAGUGGUUAAGUGACAUGGCUGGUGACCAAAAGUUCAGCAGUUGGAAUCCACCAGCUGCUCCUUGGAAACCCUAUGGGGCAGUUCUACUCCGUUCUAUAGGGUUGCUAUGAGUCGGAAUUGCAUCGAUGACAAUGGGUUUAAUAUAUAUUUUUAUCAGAUUAUGUUUUCUUUUGUUCACUUGUGACUAGGCUAGGGAUAGAAAACACUUCUACAAUUUUGCGGUGAAUGUUAAUAUAUUUUUUUAAGUGAAUAAACCAGGUGUCUCAUGCUGUUGUUAGGUGCCGUUGAGUCGGUUCCCAUGUACAACAGAACAAAACUCUGUGCGGUCCCGCGCCAUCCCCACAACUGUCUUUAGGCUUAAGCCCACGCUUCUUCGGUCUUCCUCCUUAUUCAUCGUCCAAAAGACGUCUCAUAGGAGAAUUAAAUUGUCAAAGAAUACAUAAUGAUGAAGACGCAGCAUUUCUUUCUGUUAUUGUUUGGUUUAUUCAAACAAACAAGGUAGGGUUACCAGCUGUUCUUGGUUCUUAAAUAUCCUUUGGGUGUUUAUGCUAUACAAGCAAAUAUACAUAUAGCUUCUUCUUCCUUCCUCCUUUUCAGUCAACAAACCAUAGAAUAGUAGAUGGAUUUUUUUGUAGCUUGUUAUUCUUCACUUAACAAUAUAUCUCGGAAAUCUCUUAAUGUCAGCACAUUGAAAACUUCUACAUUGCUUUCCUUUUUUAAUAGUGACAUAGUGUUCCAUUGUACAGAUGCACUGUAAUUUAUUUAACAAGUCCACCGUUGAUGGAUGUUGUUUGUUUCCAGUUCUGCUAUUACAAACAAUGCUGUAAUAAAUUACCUGUACAUGUAUUAUUUCAAAAGCAUAAAAUAUACCUGUGGGAUAAAUGCCCCAGAGCAGAUUCUUAGAUCCAAGAGUAUAUACAUUAGUGAUUAUGAUAGAUAUUGCUGAAGUGUCCUCCAUAGGGGUGGUACCAACAGAUACUCCCAUAAGAAAUGUAUGACAAUACCAGUUUCCCCACAGCUUUGCCAGGGUAGGAUGUUAUCAGCUUUUGGAUUUUUGCCAAUCUGAUAAGUAAGGAGUAUUCCAGCAUGGGUUCAUUUACCUGUUUUCAUAAAGUUAGAGGUCAUUUGUACUUCUUUCUAUAUCAACUGUCUGUUUAUAUAUUCUGCCCAUGUUUCUAUUGAUUUAUUGGUAUUUUCUUAUUGAUUUGUACAAGCUUUAUAUAUAUUAAAUUAGCUCUUUACCAUUUGAAGAUAUUUUUCUAUUUACUGCUUGUCUUGAUUUUGUUUAUGCUUUGUAAAAAGUUCGUGUGUGGUUGAAUUAAUCAAGAUUUUAUUUUGGCAUUUGGAUUACAAGUGUUCGUAGAAAAAUCUUUCUCAUGUCGAGGUUAUAAAAGAAUUCUACCAUUUUCCCAGUACAGCUUUUGUGGUUUAAUUUUUUAUAUGUAAGUAUUUGAUCCAUUUGGACUUUAUCCUGGUAUGAGAUAUGAUGUAUAGAUCCAUUAUUUUCUGUAGAUGAAUAUUUAGAUGUCCCAGCACCAUUUACUGAAUAGUCUUUGUCUACUGGUGUGAGAUGCCACCUUCAUCAUCUAUAAAAUUUCCAUGUGUAGUUGGCUAUACUUCUAGAUUUUCUAUUCUAUUCCAUUGCUUUGAUUGUUCUUGUGCUGGUAGUUUAUUCCUGUAUUUGGGGUAUUUUAUCAUUCCAUUUUUUCCUCUAUUAGUUUGGAAGUGGAUCUUUUAAGGAAAUAUUUUUUAGUGUUUACCCUAUAAAUGACAUUCUUCACUUAUUAAAACCCUUCAUCUCUUUGGUUUUCACAGACACUGGAUUGUAAUCCUUUCUUAAAAUCCAUUUGCUGUGUUAUAAACCAUCGUACAUGAUAUCCAACAAGCAUGCUUGCCAUGCCUUUACAGAAUUGCAGGGUUAGAGACAAUAGUGCAGUGCUUAAGAGAGCAAGACCAGUGUCUUCCUGAACUGCCUUAAAGCCUUGGGAGAACCUCGUCUUAACUGUGUGACCUUGAAGUCACUGGGUGGUGCAAACAGUUAAUGCACUCGGCUGUUGACCAAACAUUUGGGAAUUCGAGUCCAUCCAGAGGCACCUUGAAGAAAACAGCUGAUAAUCUACUUCUGGAAAAUCAGCCAUUGGAAACCCAGUGGAACACAGUUCUACUCUGACACACAUGGUAUCACCAUGAGUCAGAAUUGACUGGACAGCAACUUGUUGAAUGCGUGUAUAUGGUCCCUGCUAGGCAAGUACCUCUCUAAGCAUUUUACCUAUGUUAACCCUUAUUAAUCAGAAGGCAGGUACUAUGAUUAUCCCCAUUGUGCAAAUGAAGAAACUGAGGCAUACAGAGAUUAGAUAAUUUACCAAAGGUAUGCAAGUAGAAAGGGACAGAGGUAGGAUUUAAACUGAGACAGUGUCGCUCUUACUAUACUCUGUUGCUUCUUAUGAUCCUGAGAAUUAUCUAGUAAUGUUGUUGGCCUCAGAACUGACUCCCGAAGUCCAAUUUCCAAUGUGAUGCAGAGCUUCACUGAUUCCAAGAACGAGCACCCAGCUAACCCAAUGGCCUAGUUUCCCGUGGUAACUCCUACCACUGGAGCCACUGACUUAUUCCUGAGGGAAUUCUCCAGAACAACGUGCAGCAGCCUCCCCAUGACCCUCUUGGCUUUUUCUUUUCUCCUGUCUCUCCCUUUCCCACCCUACUGUUUUUAUUCGAGUCCUUAUCAUUUCUCUGUUUUUCCUUUUUCGUAGUACCUGUGCCAUGGGCUUGCUCUGAAGAUGAUAUGAGUUGGGGUUUAGGUGGUGUAAGUUGGGAGACCAGCAUUUGGAGCCCUGGUGGCACAGUGGCUAAGUGUUCGGCUGCUAACCAAAAGAUUGGCAGUUGGAAUCCACCAGCUGCUCCUUGGAAAUCCUAUGGGGCAGUUCUACUCUGCCCUAUAGGGUUGCUACGAGUGGAAAUUGACUCAACGGCAACGGUUUUUGGUUAGCAUUUGCUAACCCAGACUUUGCAACAAGUGCUUUCCUAUCCAUGUUCAUUUUGCGGUUGAAGAAACAAAGACUUAGAGAAUUUAAGUAAUAAAUUACCCAAGUUCACACAGCUGAAUUGUAACAGAUCUCAAAUCUGUUUCCAAAGCUUACACUUUGAGCCAGGGCUGGUAAGUAGUUAUCUGUACUGAUGCAGCCAUACUGAUAGUUAAAAUGUUGAAAUCUGUCUGUACCUGUUGGUGGAUAGCAGCUGUCUCAAGACUCCCAGGUGUCCCCACCAUCACCAGCUUAGUCCCCUUUCCUCAGUCACUUCCCCAGGAACCACUGGACCUGCUCAGCAACUAAAGGGUUACCUCUCAGUCUAACAGGGGCAUCAAGGACCCUGCUCCAGACCAAGGCAGGCUGGCAUCUGUGUCAUGCCUUGUGGUACCCCUGCUACAUUGGGACCCAGUGGCGUGCUGAGGACUGCUUAGCGUCAAUGGGGGAGUUCAGGACAAGUAAGAAAAUAACUUCUCAGCUCAUUAAGGAAAAUGUCAUUUGGGAUCAAGUCAGAAACACUGCAGAAGGUUACUGGGGAAGGUUACUGCGGAACAUUAGCUGAGUUUGUUUCCUACCUUAUGAAGAAUGUUGCAUGUGUUCUCCCCCAACUGAGGUUGCUGGAGGGAGAGUUUCUUUCCCCAUCCCCGCUCCCACUGUCCAAGCCAUCCACGCCAUAACCUGCCUUCUAGGCUUUUAGCCAUUGGGGUCCUAGUUUCACUUUUCCCUCCCUGAGGUUCCUCAGGCCUCAGAGGCCCACAAGACCCCUUACUUUUAGAAGCAUUUCUAUCGCACAUGGGGUCCUGAACAUCAUUUCCAACAUUCUUCCUUUGGGAAAGCCAUUCUAUAUUUCAAAAAGCAACUCAUAAAUGAUGUUUUCUAAAUGUAAGGUAGAGAUUUCUUGUGUUCUUUUGUUAGUUGCUGUCAAGUCUGCUCCGACUUGUGGCAACCCCAUGUGUGUUGGAAUAGAACUGCACUCCGCGGGAUUUUCAUUGGCUGAUUCUUCGGAAGUGGAUCACUAGGCCUUUCUUCUGAGGUGCCUCUGGGUAGAGUCAAACUUCCAACCUUUUUGUUAGCAGUUGAGAACAUGAACCACUUGCACCGCCCAGGGACUCUCUAUGUGUUUUACGCUACCUCGGAUCCCAUUUAUUCCUUCUGUCACUCUGUGUCUAGUGAUAAAUCAACAGAUGUGUUACCUGUGCCGUUUAUAUCAAACCAUAUUUUUCCUAAUCUUCAGAGUUUUCUUGUAUAUAAGUUAGGAUGGGAUGGGUGGUAGUCAUCUAUAGAUCCCAACAUUUUAGUGGCUUUACCCAAUAGAAAUUUAUUUCUUGCUUAAGUAGUAGUUCUAGGUGUGCGUGCUGGUUGUUCAACAAUUCCAAUUCAUCAUGACCUUGUAGGACAGAGUAGAAUUGCCCCAUAGGGUUUCUAGGCUGUAAUCUUUUCUCCUACAGAGCUGCUACCCAUUACCCGUUGCCAUCGAGUUGAUUCCAACUCAUAGCUACCCUAUAGGACAGAGUGGAACUGCCCCAUAGAGUUUCCCAGGAGCUCCUGGUAUAUUCAAACUGCCAACCAUUUGGUUAGCAGCUGUAGCACUUAACCACUAUGCCACCUGGGUUUCCAACAGAGCCACUGGUGGGUUUGAGCUGCCAACCUUUGGGUUAGCAGCCCAUUGGGCCACCAGGGCUCCUUGUAUGCAGGUUGGCAGGGAUCUUUUGUACAUCUAAACUGACUUCAUUUGAAGAUCCAGAUUGACAGCAGAUUUGCCUUUUCAACACAUGAUGUCCAAGGCUACCUAGGUGUGGCAUCCCAGUCAGCCUUUGGGAGGAAACAGCCCCGAAGAUAGUGGAAGGCAGAUUUUUUAUGGCUGAGGCCUGAAAGUGGUGCAGCACAUCACAUCCUCUCCAUCCACUGGCCGGAACUCAGUCAAGUUGUCACACCUAACUGCAGUGUGGAAAAUGUAGCCUAAGUGUGGACCACAGAAAGGCACCCUCUAUACCUCGUAUUGAACCAUUCAAACACAUGGGGCAGCUACAGCUGUAAAUAUGCCUGCCCCCUGAAGGGUGUACUUGGGGGAUGUUCUACUGCUGUUCAGUCACUGCUUUGUCUUAAUUUCAAGAAGUAGCCUUCAUAACUCAGUCUCAACUGGGAAGGAUGUUCAUUGCCCCUCUGGAGAGUCAAGUCCAAAGAGUGGGCCAGCUGGAAGCUCAGCACGUGGGAGUGCACCCAUACUCUGUCUAGUGGACGCCACUCUCUAAGUACAGUAGCCUCCCUCCCCACCUUAUCCAUGGUUUCACUGUUUCGGUUACCCACGAUCCGCCAAGGUUUGAAAAUGUUAAAUGAGUACGUGGCAUGAUGAAAUCUCACACGGUGCCGCUCUGUCAUUCACAUAACUUUUACUAUAGUAUACCGUUACAAUUGUUCUAUUUUAUUAUUAGUUAUUGUUGUUGAUACCUUACUGUGCCUAAUUUAUAAAUUAAACUUUACCAUAGGUAUGUAUGUAUAGGACAAAUCAUAGUAUAUAUGGCGUUUGGUACUAUCUAAGGUUUCAGGCAUCCAUGGGAGGCCUUGGAACGCAUCCACCACCUGUGCAGUGGGAGAGGCCUCAGUUCGGGGCCCAGAUGACCACAGGCUGGCAGUGUGGCCUUGGGCAGGUCACAUUGCCCCUCUGAAUCAGUUUUCUUAUCUAGAUUGGACUAGCAGAUAUCUUAAGAUAUCUCCCAGUUCUAAAAUGGAGCGAUUCUAAGAAUUUGGCCCCUCGGCAAUCCUGUAGGGUAAUUACAACACAGUUACCAAAUUGCAGAACGUUUUACAGCCUUUACUGUCAUUUAAUAACUUUUUGCUUUAAUAAAAGGAAAAAAAGAAAAGAAAAUACCACAGAUCAUCUAUGUCCUUUAUUUAAAUGCUGUUUAGAAAGCAAAAAGGAACAAUCCUACUUGAGUGAUCAAGAGCUCAAAAGGUCAGGAAUCACACUAAAAUGUACUUUUGAUUUGAGCAAGGGCUAAAAAAAUGUUAAUCUUAUAUAACAUGUGGAGCCAUUCAUUUUGGAUAAUUUUAAACUGCCUGUUCAUCUAGCCUUACCGUUGGGCUUGACCUUUGGGCUGUGGCAUUUGGGGGCAUCAUGCUCACCAAAUAUGACUCACCGCUUAGAGAGAAUUCUCCAUUGCUCUUGUCCCUUCUACAAAUAAUAUUGCCUCUGAGCAGCCGUGUAUAUGGAACCAUUACUACUCAAUUUUGAAAAAAUAUAUAAUCAGUGAAAGGUGUUUUCGUUUUUAGCAAGUAGAUAUUUGUGGGCCAGUGUGUGUACGUGAGUCUGUUGUCUGCGUAAGAACAAUGUAUUGUGCACAUAGAAACAUCUAGAGGCUUUGUCCUGGGAAGAGCCAGGCCAGGCUUUUGAAUAAAACAUCGAGUGCCCAUAUGUUCAAGGUGUCGGGCUAAGGGAUGUGUCAGUGUUUCCAAGUGUUAGUGGCAGCUUGGACUAACAUCAGCUGAUCUUCUGCAUUUCACGUCGUGCCAGAAUUUCUGUAAAUUCACUUUGCUAGGAUCUAGGAAAAGGAGUGAGGAAAAGAGAAUUGGUUUAGCAAUAAAAGCUAUGCUGUUACUUCUCCAAAACCUUUUUUAAAAAACCUGAAUCCCCACUGUAUUAUAUUGUAUUUAAUACCUUGCCUCUUAUUGGGCCCACACCCACAAUGGGAUAAAAGAAUUGCCAGAGAACAAUGUUUGUCAAACUUGUCUGAUGAGAAGUAUUACUGGGGCUCUGUUGAAAAUUAGAGAUUUCCAGACCCCGUAGCAGUUACGUGCUACGGCUGAUAACCUAAAGGUCGGAAGUUCAAAUCCUCCAGGCGCUCCUUGGAAACUCUAUGGGGCAGUUCUACUCUGUCCUAUAGGGUCACUAAGAAUUGAAAUUGACUCAGUGCCAACGGGUUUGGUUUUUUUUUUUCUUUAGUAGUGCUGGUGCAGAAAGUCCAGGGUGAGGCCAAAGAAUCUGGUAUUUAAAAAUACAAACUCUCCAGGGCACAGCUGAGAAACACUGCUGCAGUGCAGUGGUCCCCAACUUUUCAAAAGGGAGGUGCUAUGUUGUAGCUAGGAGGCAUUAGGGGUUCGAUGGCAGAAUUGUUGCCUCCCAUGUGGGAGGCCUGGUUUGAUUCCCGGUUGGUACACCUCACGCGCAGCCACUACCCAUCUGUCAGUGCAGGCUUGCGUGUUGCUAUGAUGUUGAACAGGUUUCAGCGGAGCUUUCAGACUAAGACUAAGAGGAAAGGCCUGGCAGUCUACUUCCAAAAUCAGCCUGUGGAAACCCUGUGAAUCACAAUGGUCUGAUCUGCAAGGCAUCAUGGGGAUGAUGUAGGACUGGGCAGCGUUUCGUUCCUUUGUGCAUGAGGUCGCCAUGAGUCAAAGGCCAAUUUGACAGAGCAGCUAACAAUGACAACAAUAGUGUGGUAGCCGCCCAUGUGAGGGGCAGUGUGGGGAUAAUGAGAAAUAAUGUCACUGUAAGGCCCAGGAGGCAGAAGAUCUGGGUGAACGCCUAGCACAGCAGGCCAUCCAUCAAUAUUGAUUGACUGCAUUGGGUAAGCACUUGGCUGCUAACCAAAAGCAUGGUGGUUCAAACCCACCCAGUGACUCCGUGGGAGAAAGACCUGGAAAAAACAAGGCCCAUAAAACCCAAAGUCCAUUGCCGUCCAGUCGAUUCCAGCUCAUAGUGACCCUACAGGACAGAGUAGAACUGGCCCAUUGGGUUUCCACACAGCGCCUGGUGGAUUCCAACUGCCAACCUUUUGGUUAGCAGCCGUAGCACUUAACCACCACCAGGGUUUCCGAAAAACUAGGCAGUCCCAUCGAAUUCCAGCAUUCACAGAUUUCACUGCAUAGAAACUCAAUGGAACUGCCUUGUGUUUCUGGGUCUCAAAAGUUUUCCGCCUUUGAUAGGGUGCCAUCUUACCAUUUUUCUGUCGCCCUGUAUUAGUGGAAAAUAUUUGUUUUCCUUUUCUGACAGGUUUCUGCCUUACACAGAUUCCGGCUUUUGCAGGUUUUACUGCAUUCAAAAUCUUCAGAUGUGACAGUAGGCAUGGGGCAGGUGGCAGUCAUCCCUAAAGGUUAUGGUCAAGAAAACCCUAUGGGACAGGUCUGCUGUGUUACGUGGGGUUGCUAUGAGUCGGAAUCCACAGCAGCUAACAAAACAGAAAAUGAGGUUGCUUUGGGAAAUAAGCACAUACUGUCCCUGAAGGUAGUCUGGGUGGGUGGUAUGGGAAGGCAAAUCACAUUCAGAAGACUACUGGGUGAGCACGGGAUUAGAGGUGAGGAGGAGGAGAAAUCUAACGCCCCCCUCCUCGGCCUGGUGCAACUCCAGUCUGUUUCACAGUAUGUGAUGACCUCGUCUUUGGGACAGGAAACCAGUGACUUCAGAAGUUCCUCUCGUGGUCUGGCCUCCAGUGAGUGCUGUCAACUCUCCUGCUUUAUCUAGGCUUCCAAGGAGGGCCACCUUCUGACUGUCACAUUUCUUCUUUAAUCAUGUUUAUUCCACAGCCUGAUUACUCGCCCCCUCCUGCUGGUCUUGGAUUCGGGUGGUCUCUUUCCAUUGACUUCGCAUGUUUUUAGAUCUGGUGGGUCUUGCAGAUUGUCUGUCAGGGGGCUUGUUCCCUGGAUUGUAAUCUCAUUGUACCUACUGUCAAACCUGCCAUUGGUUUAAUAAUAGCUUUUACGAAGAGUAAACAUGUAUAUUGAUUAUUUGAGAAAGGUUAAAAUGUAAAAUUGGGUACAUUGUAGAAUGGAAGAAGCAGGUUUUCAAGUAUUGAGGGGUUACCAUGCAUUGUUAACUGGCUUUGUCAAUUAAAUGUUAACUGGUUGGCUGGCUGAAUGAAUGAAUGACAGGUUUCUGAUCUUCUUGUGGAAGGAUCCUCUUACUUUAAGACAAUGGGAUAGUGCCAGAAAGACCUGGGUUUACGUCCCAGCCUACUUCUCAGAAUCCUUUAAAAAGGACAAUCUCUCCAAGGCUCAGUUUUCUUCACGGAAAGAGGGUUUAACAGUUCCUACCUUGCUUGUUUGUUGGGAGGAUUAGAACCAGAUGCAUAGUCAGGAUUAUCACUGUGUCUGGCAUGUGCAACCAAAAUCCAAACCAGUUGCCAUUGGGUCGAUUCUGACUCAUAUAGACCCCACAUGUUGCAGAGUAGAACUGUGCUCCAUAGAGUUUUGAAGGCUGUGAUCACCAGGCCUUUCUUCUGAGGCACCUAUGAGUGGGUUCAAAGCGCUAGGAGUCGUGCUUAACCAUUUGCACCAUCCAAUGACUCCUGUCUGGCACAACCAAAAACCAAAAGCAAACCUGUUGCUGUGGGGUCGAUUCCAACUCAUAGUGACCCUAUAGGACACAUAGCCAGUGGUGAAAACUUGGUGAAUAAUGAAAGACAAAGGGAACAGCAACAAAGAGGACAUAGAUAAACAUGACCACAACAACAACAACAACAAAAAAAAAACAGCAACAAAGAGGACAUAGAUAAACAUGACAACAGGAUAUGUAAAAUCUUAAGAUGUGACUGUAGGCAGGGCAGCUGGGAGUCACCCCUGGCUGUUGUAGCUGCCUCCACCCCAGGCUUGCAGAUGAAGGCCACAUUGGGAGGAACUGAGAGCAAUUGGUAGUAAUGUAAGCUCCAAUUAGAUUUUUGUUUGUUUGCUUUUUUAACUUAACCUGGCAAGAAGAAUGUCUGAGCUCUACUGGUCAUCUGAGAGUAGGAAGAAAGUCUUGGGCCAUGUGAAAUUGUACUCCUGAAACACUUGUGCCUUAGAAACAUGGAGACGGCCAUCACAUGGUUUCCAGGGCCUGGUCUUUUAAAAUCUGAUCUUAGUGAGCAUUUUCAGCAUCUUAGGGCUUUUCUGCACUUUUCAUGGAGUGCAUUCUGAUUUCUCAGGUGAUAGUAGUGAAACCUUUAACUGCUGGUGACCCUGGCCAUGUUAGGAAAUUCCUGAAAAUUGUGAAAACUCUGAGUGGUUUGGCUGUGUUUUGACAGCAGCGUUUUAGCUGACUGGUCUGGUUUCUACUGUGAGGCUGACAACCUCCACAAGGGCCAGGGUGGAGAAAGGGGCCAGGCUAAUGCUGCCAGUGAGUGCGUGGUUAUGGGUGAAUAAUUCACAGACCUAUUUGUUAAUCAAUCUAAUGGCUAUCAUAAAUAAUUUGACUCCCUCCCCCAAAAUAAAACAAAUGAAAUAAUUGCGAGCUGCUUGAAAUAUAUAGAUUUGAAGGAACACCAAGUUAUCUAUUCAUCUUAUGGUUUGAGAGUCAGAAACCCAGUGCCGGAGAGUCAGGAAUGGGGUUUAUUUUGUGCUACCAGCAGGAAAGAGGAAUUGAGAAAUCAGGAACAAGCGUUCUUUCUACCCUGCAAUAAAGGGCCUGACUUAGCAAAACAACAAAAAUCCUACUUUUGCACCAGCAAGAGUCUUCUUGGUAUGGGUGGGGCCUGGAGAAUGGUGGAGGGGAUAUUUCAUGAAACUAAAAAGAACUUUGCUGAAUCAAGAUUUUCUCUGCAGUGCUGUUGGUCACCCAUAUGAGCAAAGUUAGAACCUGUAUUCUGUAUUUACAUGACACUCAGUCUUUUUUCCUUGGCACUCUUAACACGUUUUAAAAAUUUUAGAUAGACUCUCUAGGAUUUGCUUCAGAUUUUCUCAAUUGUCACUGUCUGGAAUUUUAGGGCUUUAGGGAGAAAUGCAGCCAAUCUGCAUAGUUUGGGAAGACAGGAAUCACACACCCAUGAAACUUAGUUAUUGUUGAAAUCACACCCACGCGAUGGGCUAACCAUAUUAUAUUCUCUAUUAACCACCUGUACUGGUGCGAACAGUUAAGCAUGCUUAGCUCCUAACUGAAAUGUUGGCGGUUCAAACCCACCAGCUCCUCUGCAGGAGAAAAGAUCUGGCAGUUUGCUCCUGUAAAGAUUCAGCCUAGAAAAGCCCUGUGGGGUAAUGCUGCUCCGUCACAUGGGGUCGCUAUGAGUCAGAAUCCAUGGUAAAAAAGAAUCCAUGGUACACACCAACAUGUGUCAGAUAGGUCCCUGGGUGGCGAAACUGGUUAAGUGCUUAACUACUAACUGGAAGAUGGGUGGUUCAAACCCAUUUGGAGGCGCCUGGGAAGAAAGCCCUGGUAACCUGCUUCCGACAGAUCACCCACUGAAAGCCCUAUGGAUCACAGUUCUACUCUUGACACACAUGGGGUCACUAUGAAUCAGAAGCGACCUGGCAGUAGCUGGUUACUAGUUAUAUGCAGGCCUGUGACCAAGACAGAGAAAGGCUCUACUUUCUCCAAGCUUAUGUUCUAGCUUGGCUAGGUAGCCUCUGAAGAAACAACCAUCCCUGAGAGCAAAACAGUAUCUAUGUAAUGGUAGCACGUUAUACUCAUCUAACAUGGGUGAAGUCAGGGCCUGCCCUGUUCACCACAGAGUCUAGCUUGGUGCUUGGCACAUAGUAGGUGCUCAGUCAACAUUUCUUAGAAUAAGUGCUUGAAUCAAUGCAUGUCUAAAUCUUAGAAUCAUAGCAUCCAAUAUGGUGUAAAAUAAAGCAGAUGAAAGAUGAAAAAUUCACAGGGAAGAAAAGUGCUUUCGGAACUUGUUUCGAUGAGACACCUCCAUCGUAAGGGAAGAACACAGACUCUGGAGUCAGGCAUACUGAAUUCAAAUCCCAACUCAGCCUCCUACUAACAGCAAGUCACUUAGUUUCUCUGAGCCUCAGUUUCCCCAACUGUAAAAAAACGAGAAUAAACCCAUUGCCAUUGAGUCGAUUCCGACUCAUAGUGACCCUAUGGGACAGAGUAGAACUGUCCCAUAGGGUUUCCAAGGAACACCUGGUGGAUUUGAACUGCUGACCCUUUGGUUAGCAGCCAUAGCGCUUAACCACUUCGCCACCAGGGUUUCCAAAAUGAACAUAAGAAUACCUAUUUCGAGGACUAAAUGAAGCAACGGUAUAAAGGUAUAAAAAGGGUAGGCUCAAAACGCCAUUCCAGGAGUUUGGAGAAAUUCAAGACAGUUAUAAUUAACCUGGAUGGGUUUAUAAUCUGAUUGGGGAGAAAAGAUCGAAACAGGUUAAAAGUUAAAUAAGAAUAAUAAAGUUAAGCAACAAUGCAAAACCGCAGCAGAUAACGCAUUCCUGAGCAGCAUGUGAUGAAAAGCCAGACAAGAUAGCCCAGGCAAUAAGGCUUUCACAAUGCAGAGGCAGGAGAAGGCCUUGCUUGUGUCUGUGGGUGAAGUGCUAGCCAACCCCUAGUUUUAUGUUGUGAAAUUUAAGACUCUUUCAUUUAUAACACAUAAGCAUUUAUUUAUAGGCAUAAAUACACAAACACAACAAAUAAAGAACAAGCCAUGAUGAAUGUUACAAAGGAAAGCUUGUAGGGAGAUGUAAGCAUUUAUUUAUAGGCAUAAAUACACAAACACAACAAAUAAAGAACGAGCCAUGAUGAAUGUUACAAAGGAAAGCUUGUAGGGAGAUGUAAGAAUAAAAGAAGGAAACUAUAAUUUUGGGGUGUUGGUGAAGACUCCCCUGAGGAAGUGAUGUUUGAACUGAUACCUGAAAAAUGGAGCCAACCCAAAGUACUUGGUGAAACAAGAACACCGAUGGCCCAAAUUAAGCAACAUCUUUUAUUUCCACAGAUAAUUAGUUUAGGGGAUAGAAAUAAAAACUGAAACACAAUUUAUAAUUGCUCUUGAUAUUAGGAAGAGUCAGUUUUCAGGAAACACACUCCCCAACAUGUGCACAAACCCACAUACUCCCUUUACCUACAUAUGUGCACGCCCACACCACACCACACUCACAACCCUCCCAUCCCACCUUGUUAUAACCAGUGUGUCAGAGUAGAACUGUGCUCUAUAAAGUUCUUCCGAGGUGCCUCUGGGUAGACUUGAACCUCCAACCCAACAGGUGACUUCUUUGUACCAGCCAUGGACUCCUGUCACCUCAUAGUGUAAUCUGAGAAAGAACGUGGAAAGAUCAUUUCAGAUACCCAAUUGGGUCCGCUCCAAUUUUUCCCACAAGCUCCUGGGGAGGAUUUCAGAGAGGUGAAAGUUUUGGUCACUGAAGACUUUGGAUGCCCUUUUCCCAGAUGAGGGGUGUGACUUGCUGGGAAGUUCACUGCUCUCAGGGUUACUGCUAGUCCGAAUCGGUUUUCAUGGUUGGCAACACAAGGCCACUCCAGCCAAUCGCAUUGCUGAAUCCUGGGUUCCUGGAACCAUGUUGGCAAAAUAGUUCAGACAAUAAUUGUUUUUCAGAUCAUGAUCACAUUAUCUAGUCAAAAACCCAAACCAGUUGCCAUUGACUCAUGGCGGCCCCAUGUGUAUCAUAGUAGAACUGUGCUCCAUAGGGUUUUCAGUGGCUGAUUUUUUGGAAGUGGAUCACCAGGGCCAGACAGGGCUCCUGUCUUGCAUUAAUGGCCAGGUACACUGCCAGCUUUUUGUCUUCUUUUUUUAAGUUUGUUUUGUGCAUCUCACCUUUUCCUAGGAAAUGUCUAAGCCAGCUGAUAUUGUCCAUUCUGGACUAUUUGAAUUGUGUUAGAAUCAAGCCAGCUUCCAGAGACACUAUUGCAUUGCAUACAUUGUCAAAUUGCACUUUAAAAGGAGAGAGGACAGGAAGUAAUCACAAAUGACUGGAAACAGCCUCAGAUUGGAAGUUAUAGCUGGGACCGGAAGAGGAGGAAGUAUAUAGUUCAGUCAAAUGAACACUUAGAGCAGAAUUGAGAGUGUUCAUUCCUCAGGCUCACUUCCACUGAGCUUAUUCUUUGUGCCAGGCAUGUGCUGAGUCCUGGGGUUACAAUGAAGAAUAAGUUCAGGUAGCAGAGGUAUUAGAAGGACACCGUGCGCCGGGUCACCCCACGGACCAGAGAUUCCUUGGCUCACUGAGGAGGUUUGGAUUUGCCUCAAAGGGAACUUCAAAAAUUGAAGUGAGAAAUCUCAAGCUGCCCGAAUUUCCCUGAAUACUCCCGUUCCACAUCCUGUGAAGGAUCGGACAAAUCAAAUUGUUGGGUUUGGGUUUCCGCAAGCCCUGGAUGCCUUUGACAUUAUGACUGCAGAGGAUUCCACCGCAGCCAUGAGCAGCGACUCCACCAUGUCCUCGGCCAAGGUGCCCGAGGGCGUGGCCGGCGCGCCCAAUGAGGCGGCGCUGCUGGCGCUGAUGGAGCGCACGGGCUACACCAUGGUGCAGGAGAACGGGCAGCGCAAGUACGGAGGCCCGCCUCCCGGCUGGGACGGGCCGCACCCGCAGCGCGGCUGCGAGGUCUUUGUGGGCAAGAUCCCGCGCGACGUGUACGAGGACGAGCUGGUGCCGGUGUUCGAGGCGGUGGGCCGCAUCUACGAGCUGCGCCUCAUGAUGGACUUCGACGGCAAGAACCGGGGCUACGCCUUCGUCAUGUACUGCCACAAGAAUGAGGCCAAGCGCGCCGUGCGCGAGCUCAACAACUACGAGAUCCGCCCGGGACGCCUGCUCGGUGUGUGCUGCAGCGUCGACAACUGCCGUCUCUUCAUCGGUGGCAUCCCCAAGAUGAAGAAGCGCGAGGAGAUCCUGGAGGAGAUCGCCAAGGUCACCGAGGGCGUGCUCGAUGUGAUCGUCUACGCCAGCGCGGCCGACAAAAUGAAGAAUCGCGGCUUCGCCUUCGUGGAGUACGAGAGCCACCGAGCUGCUGCCAUGGCGCGCCGCAAGCUCAUGCCCGGCCGCAUCCAGCUGUGGGGCCACCAGAUCGCCGUGGACUGGGCCGAGCCUGAGAUCGACGUGGACGAGGAUGUGAUGGAGACGGUGAAAAUUCUCUACGUGCGCAACCUCAUGAUCGAGACCACCGAGGACACCAUCAAGAAGAGCUUUGGCCAGUUCAACCCGGGCUGCGUGGAACGCGUCAAGAAGAUCCGCGACUACGCCUUCGUGCACUUCACCAGCCGCGAGGAUGCCGUGCACGCCAUGAACAACCUCAACGGCACCGAGCUGGAGGGCUCCUGUCUCGAGGUGACCCUGGCCAAGCCUGUGGACAAGGAGCAGUACUCUCGCUACCAGAAGGCGGCCAAGGGCGGCGGCGGGGCCGAGGCGGCGGCGCAGCAGCCCAGCUACGUGUACUCCUGUGACCCCUACACGCUGGCCUACUACGGCUACCCCUACAGCACGCUCAUCGGGCCCAACAGGGAGUACUUCGUGAAAGCAGGCAGCAUAAGAGGCCGAGGGCGAGGUGCAGCUGGCAACAGAGCCCCAGGGCCCAGGGGUUCUUACCUCGGGGGAUAUUCUGCCGGCCGUGGUAUCUAUAGCCGAUAUCAUGAAGGGAAAGGAAAGCAGCAAGAAAAAGGAUAUGAGCUUGUACCAAAUUUGGAACUCUCUGCCGUCAAUCCCGUUGCCAUUAAACCUGGUGCAGUGGCCAUCCCUGCCAUCGGGGCCCAGUAUCCCAUGUUUCAGGCCACUACAGCUCCUAAAAUGAUUGAAGAUGGCAAAAUCCACACGAUGGAGCACAUGAUCAGCCCCAUUGCUGUGCAGCCAGACCCAGCCAGUGCUGCUGCUGCUGCCGCUGCCGCCGCCGCCGCCGCUGCCAUCAUUCCCACCGUGUCAACGCCUCCACCUUUCCAGAGUUCUUCACAUUUCUCCUCCAGAUCAUACAUCUCUACCAGCCCAUCUCUCUUCACAGGAAUAAUCAAGGGCCGCCCAAUAACUCCAGUAUACACGGUGGCUCCAAACGUUCAGAGAAUUCCCACUGCCGGGAUCUACGGUGCCAGUUACGUCCCAUUUGCUGCUGCUCCAGCCACAGCCACGAUCGCCACACUACAGAAGAACGCGGCAGCCACCGCUGCCGUCUAUGGAGGAUAUGCAGGCUAUAUACCUCAGGCCUUCCCUGCUGCUGCUAUUCAGGUUCCCAUUCAUGAUGUCUACCAGACAUACUGAGACUGGUGACGAGAGCAGAGACCAACCAGAGAUACGACUGAAGGAACGCUUUACUAUUUAUGAAGAAAGACCGUGUUGGAUUAGCACACCUAUGAAACCUACUGAAAGUGAAGAAUGUUAUCAAAUAUCAUACUGAAAUAUUUUAUAUACAUGAAGUUUUCAUUAGUUUUUUAAAGACUAUUUUAAAGUUAGCAGGCCUGUGUUCAUACAUUUCUAAGGGACUUGCAUGGCACGUGCCUUAAUACCAUCUCUGAAAAGUUUGUCUACUGUAGUACAUUUGUAUAGAGGUUUGUUGUUUUUUUUAAGGAUAUAUUUUCAGUAUGAAGGUUAUUUUCUUAACUUCUGCACUCCAGAGAUUUCUAUUUUGUAGUACCUUCAAUAAUAUAUCAACUUUAUAUUAAAAAGCACAGUUGAGCAGCUAGGAAACUGUUUUGAAAAAUAUAUUAGCUAUUUAAAGAUACAAACAAUAGUGCUUUAAAACUACUACAUAAAAAAAGAAGUUAUUUUAAAAGUUAUACUGGAAAGUGCAAUUUUAAAAUGCAUAAAACCUCUGCAUUUCUGCUGGCCUGAAGGGUUGAUGGGGUUACCGUUGUGUGUUAUCCAUGAUGGUUCUGUUUUUUAAGAGAAAUUAAACACUCAGCCUCUCCUGAAGCCCAAGAUUAAAAAGACUUGUCAGACUUCAGAGUUCAAAAACUGGAAAGCUUUUACCUGCCACCAUUACCCUGGGCCUCUUCUCAUUCUCCAUGGGGCUUUGCGCCCCGGUCCUUCCAACGCUCAAUCCAACUCUGAUGUUUGGCAACUGUAGGACAGAUGAAUUAUUCUGAUAGAGGAGGGGAAAGACAAAAAACAAACAGAUGAUGGCUUUUCUACUUCUUCCUGGGCUUUCGUCGGGGUUUUUUGAUUUUUGUUUCAUUGUUUGUUGGCUGGGGAGGUAUUAUCUUCUGUGCAUGCUGUUGUCAAUAGCAGUGUGUGUGUAAGCACAAGGUUUGCAUAGCUAUUUAAUGGUCUGAGGGAAAACUUUAGUUUCCUUUCUAAUGCUUUUAUUUUAUUUUUGAAGUAUGAGUUGUAAGGACAGAGAAUAUAUGUUAUUGUAGACAAGACCACCCCCCCACCCCCCCGCCCUGCUGCCGCUCCCAGAGACUCUUGCCAGCAGAAAGCUAUGCUUCUAGUUGCCUUAUCAUGUUUCAUGCAAAAUGUCUGUGGUGGUUAGGGGUGUUGGAGACAUGUUUAUCAAGCAGGCCUUUCCUGCGUUGCUGUGCACCUGCCAGGUGAGCUGAUUCAGCUGUGCACACCCAGGGGGAGGAGGAGAGGCCAGCAGGAGUUAAGAGAGAGUUUGUAGAUAAUCUUCUAAUACUCAGUUUUUUAAGUCAUUUUAUGUUGCAGAAGUUCAUGGUAUGUAGUUGUUUGCAAAAAUAAGAUCAUUUUAUUUCACUGUUAUUAAAAAGGUUUGUUUUAUUAGGAAGUAUAUGCAUGUUGCAGUGUUUUGUGGCCUGUUUAAAGGCUUUUGUUUAGCAGAAUGAAUGUAAAAUACAGUAAAAUAUGAAGAUCGCCAUCUACUUUAUGAAAUACAUCAUCUCGGAAUUUUUUUUUAAAGGCUCUAUCAAGGAAGUGAGGUGUGCAAUAGGUAGCAAAUAUACCACUGUAUUUUUAUGUCAUGUUUGCGAUCCAUUGAAUCUUCCCACUCACUGGAUUUUUGCUGACAGCUGAAAUUCUUAUUUGUGGAUUAGUAAUAGGAUCAUGCCCUUAGCAAAUAUUUUACUUUUGUUUUAAAAUUUAAAUUAAGAGAUUCCCAAAUGUCCCUCACCCCCCUCCCCCCCCGUCUUGGGAUGAGAUGAAUUUUUUAUAUAUAAGCAAUAUUUAUUUAACUAUUCUAUAAAAUGUAUUGCGUGCCUAGUAAGGCCUUUAAACAUUCCUACCAAUCCUUUCCAUCGUUCUUCAGUGACACACAGUAAUGGUGCAAUGUUCCGAAUGUGUACCCAAAAGCUGCAUCCAAACUCAAAUCUGUUGGAAUGAGUCAUCCAACAGAAUGCAAUUUGGAUCAGAUCCUCAUCCCUUGACUUUGUGUGAAAGAAGUACCCUCCUUCCAGUGAGGGAUUAGCACAGAGUUCACUAGAUGAGAAUCAGACCCAGUGUUCUUACUGUAUUUUACAUAUGCUUGUAAAUUAUUUGCAAGAAAAAAAAAUGGUACCUUAACAUGGCAACUACCAAACUACCUUAAAAACAAAUGUUGGUGAUAUAGCCAGUUAAGUAUCAAUGAGCCUCCCAUCUGUGGUCUGUCUGUACCUAUUAUUUCAAAACCAUUUCACGUACACUACUUACUGAGGUAAGUUUAUAACUUGAAAUGUGAACUCUAUUUUUUUUUUUUAGGGUUAAGAACAAACUAUAAAUGUGAAAAAAAAAAAAAAGUUUUAGUGUUCCCUGGUCUCAAACAUGCUAGUAGUUUAGUUAUCUUUAGAUGCUUUGUACUUGAAAAGCCUUUAAAUUUAUUUAGGUCUUUCUCUACUUACAGUACAUUCUUAGGAUGUAGUAAAUAAAGCAUUCUUUAAAGCAAUUUGAAGACCUUAUUUUAAAUUGUGUUUUCUUUAUACUGAUUUUCUGUGUAACAAAAUCAGGAAAACCCUUACAGAAUGGAGGGGAUUCACUAAUGCAGUAUUUUUAGUUGGAGAAACUGACAAGUUGUUAUCUCUUUGCUUUGGAAUUAGUGUUGAAGAUGAGGUAAGUAAUUGAAUUGUGAAUUCUCAGUACCCUUAAACUUCAGCUCAGAUGAUAGAAAGUCGAACAACCAAAUAGGACUCAGCAUCUGAAUUGGGAUAGGAUGCAGCUAAGUCUGUCAUUGCUCUCAGUACUGAAGUUUCUUAUCUUCCCAGGAGCUUUAUACCCAGAACUCUACAUGGAGGCAGUUGUUGUAACCUUGAGUUCUUUGGUGGUCUUAUAAAAGUGCUGGGGUGACCUUGAUGUUGGUCACUGCACCUGAAACCAAAGCCUUCUGUCUCUCUUUUUCACAGUGCAUAGCAAGGUUAGACAGAACAUUUCCUUCCCUUUUUUUUCUAAAGCUCACCCCAUAACUUGAGACAAAUAAUAUCCAUCAGCAAAGUCAAUCAAAGAAUUCGAAGGAAAGUGGUGGGUUCUUAAUGGAAUUACUUGUAAAAAUUGCCUAACUUGCCUUUGCCAAUGAUUAAGACUAAGAUUAAGAAUUUACCUUCUUAAUCUUGAGCCUGGGUAAUGGCCUUCUGAUCUGUGUUUCUUGGAAUUCUAACUUCCUGCUUCCUCUUUAAAGGAUAAAGGCCUUUUUAGAAGCAGAACAGGCUGGGAAGCUUCCCAAGAUGACAGAUCACUGGGCACUGGUUUUAAGGGCAACAAGACCUGCUGGUUCCUUUAUGUUAAAAGUACAGACACCCUUCAAGUUUCAGGAUCACAUUCAAAGUUAGGUUGACCAAGUUGAAAAAAAGAAUUAACAAUCAUGCAAAACACGUGGUGCCAGACCUCAUUCUAGGUGCUACAGCCAAAACAGGAACAAAACCAACAAAAUCCUGUACUCGCAGACUUAAAUAUUCUAAUGGGAGAACACAGAUAAGAUGAACAGGUAACAAGUAUGCUGGGUGGGAUAAAUGCUGUGUUUCUGUGGUUCAUAAGCCUCUGGCUUCCAUAAUCUCCGGUGGAUCUAACAGUAACUCUGCAAUGUAGUUAAGUCAGAUAUGCAACUGGCCAAGGUCACACAGGUAAGAACCAGGACUCAAACCUGUGCUCAGGGCUUAAAUUUCCAGGUUCUUUCGAGCACCACACUGCCCCUGGAAACGGAUAAAACCAGUCAUGCCAAGGGCCAAUUUCAAAGCCCAAGUGAAAGAAAAGCCAAACAUUUUUUACCAGUGUAGUUUCUUUUCUGGUGGCUUUCAGUGUAUUGUCAUAAGCAACAUUUUUACUCAGGGAAUGGGAACUGAGUGACUGAAAAAGCCUACUCAGCCAGGAAGACAUAGCAGCUGUAAGUAGGGCCAGUAAAAAUGUAUAAAGAAUUCUAUCUGCAAGGCUACGCAAAGAUUAUGGAGGAGGCUGCAGAACUAUCACAGGGAGUCAACUAUUCUGGUUAGUCACCUGGAAUAGGUGCCCCAUUUUUUUUUUAAUUCCAAAAAUAUUUGUCAUAAUAACCUAAGGACUUACUGAGUUGAAAGUAAAAAACUAAUGACUACAGUGCAGAAAAUUAAAAAAACAUUGUUCUGAUUUUUCUUUUCUUGUGAAGGGUAAUCCUAUGUACAGUUCAACAUUUUUGGGUUGCUGUUACAUGACAUGCACUAUGCUGGGUACACUGUUAGGUAUAAUUGAUUUUACUGGUUUACUAGAUCCUCUUUCAAGGGCACCAAGGAUACUUGACUAUUCAAAAGGAAUACAAGUGAUAUUAUCCCAAUUAUUAAGCAGUGUUUAUUGUAAAGUCUUUGGGGCACUCAGCCUUUAUAUCCAACUUUGUUUUAAAAAAAAUACAUACCAAGUAUGACAUUUUGGCAUGGCUGUUUUGAUGAAAUGACAUCAUGACUUUUUCCCCUGCCACCCCCACCAAAAGUACAUCUUCAGCUUUUUAAAAAAGUAAUAUGACACAGAUAUCUUACCUUGUCCUUGCCCUGCAUCUUCCUUGUCACAUCCACCAUCCGUGACUUCCCAAGGUCAAAGGUGGGACUAAGUUUAAGUAUAGGAUGAGACAUAGGAAACGUCCACAGCAUCAAAGCAGCUGGGACAAAAUAUUUUGCUUCAAUUCCAAGUUCUAAGCUGCUGGACUAGAUGCACCUCCAGCCUUUUCUUUCUCCUCUUUCCCUCAUUAGUCUUUACCCCUUCCUCUACACCAGUUCCCACCGAGUUGAUUCCAAGUCAUGGCAACCUUGUGUGUGUCAGAGUAGAACUGUGCUCCUUGGGGUUUUCAAUGGCUGAUUUUUUCAGAAGCAAAUCAAGGUUUUCUUCUGAGGUGUCUCUAGGUGGACUCAAACCUCCAGUUUUUGGUGAGCAGCUGAAAGUGUUAACCGUUUGUAUACCCAGGGACUCUCUCCCCUUUCUAGAUACCUGGUAUUCCUAUUUCUUAACACCUCACACCAUAAACCUGAAAAGAAUGAUCGUCCAAACACCACAAUGAACAAGCACUGUGGACUAGUGGAACAAGGCUGGGUUUAUGGUCAGAAUGCUUAGGGGUAGAACCAUAGCUUUGCUACUUGCCAGCUGUGUGACCUUAAAAAAGAUAACUCACAUCCUUGGGCACAGGUUUCUUAACUGGUGAAUUAGAGAUAAAAACCUGACCUCAUGGAGUUAUUGUGAAGACCAGAUGAGUUAAUCUAAAAAAGUCUAGUGUAUUGUAGGCACCUCAAGAAACACUUCCUUCCACCUUUCUAAACCGUAGUGUGAAUGUGUAUCACUAUAUUAAUUCCUUCAAGCCUUUCCAUUUUAAGCAUCCUUAUUCUUUUGUUCACCCAUUUAUUCAACAAAUACUUGAGUGUCAACUAUGUGCGAGGCACUGAGGGGGACAACGAUCAAUAAAAUCAACCAUCUCUGCCCUCCUAAACUACCAGGCAUGAUUCAGACAGUGAAGCAAGGGCUGUGAUAUUGGAGGGGUGCCCACUCAGACUUGGAGAGGGGGUUAAGGGUCAAAGAGUGAAUGAAGGCUUUCAGGAGGAAGUAGCAUCUGAGCGGAGGUUUACAGGAUGAGUAGGAGUCAGGCAGGUAAGCAAGAGGAAAGAGAACAGAGAACAAGUGGUGCCCAGGCCCAAGAGAAAGAGAAUGUGGUAUAUUCAUGGACCUGAAAGAAGUUAAGUGUGGCUGCCUCAGAAGAGAAAUAGUGUGUGAAGAGCUCAACCUUUGUUCCGGUUCCACCUUAAACAUGGUUCCUGGCCCUAUGUUCUCUGUGAAAGGAAGAGAUGUGGUCCCUGUAACAAGGAAGUUGGGAGCCAAUAACCAAAUGGAGAGAAGCCUAAAUCCUUCCUCCUUAGGACUUUGAGUUCUUUCAGAAAAUGGUAGCGCUCUACCUUUAUCUAAGCUAUAGAAGCUGAUGGGUUGCCUUUAGCAGUCAGCAGCAUGGUGCACCUGAGAGCUCCCCCUAGUGGGUUACUCUCUCCCUGAGUCCUUUCUGGCCCCAAGUGAUGCCCACCAACCCUAAUCAUGCUUGGGAGAGUUUGCCAAGACUCUGAGGGCUGCCUGCCUCUUCCUUCUACAGGCCUGGGUCCCAGCCUCUGGGACAUUUCAUCCUUCUUUUCUGGGUCAUACAGCUCCUGCAAGUAUCUCUGAGGGUGUCCCCAUUCUCCCUAGGUAAACCCUCUGUGGGACAGGAAUGCAAAGUUCUCACAAAAGUGUUGGAGGCCUAUAGUCCUCCAGAUGAUUGUGACCAUGGAUGAGGGUCCCAAGUAAAAUCUUCACAGUCACAUUGACUACCUCAAUAGAAUCAUAUUUCCAUGCAACUCCACUCUGGGCUUCAUUCUACUCCCAAUCAAAGGCAACAGCAAACCUCAUAUUUGCAAGAAAUAUGACCUUACCUGAGCUAAUUUUUAGCCACCCUUAUUUCUUGGCUUGCUCUACUUUGUUUGUCAAAAGUCUUCAUUAAUGAUUAACCAACCACAAGGUUUAAAUAGGCCUUAGUCAUUCUGAGGCAGGAAAGACGUGUCGCUGAAGCCCAGCUGUUUCUGAGAUGACCUUGCUGGGGGUACUGGGUCAAGACAUUUUGAGCUUAUGGUAUUAUGAUAACAUGGGGCCAAACUAGUUCAGUUUUGCUGAGAUUAUUCUCCUUUUUAAGGACCUUUGUUCCAAACUGUGGUGUCACCAGGGCACGGUAUCAUGUCUAUCAGCCUCACCAUCCUUCAUUGCCAUCCCAAUUCAAAUAUGGCUGUUUGACUCUUUCUCAAUGUAAAGUGCUAUGCCAAUUCAGCUUCCAGAAAAGCCCCUAAUCUCCCAUUUCUGUAAGAUGCUGUCCUAAAAAGAGAAAUUCUGGAAAUGCAACUGAUUCUCAAAGUUCUUUAGCAUUGCUGUUGUUGUUAUUUGCUGUUGAGUUGAUUUUGACUCAUGAAGACCCCAUGUGUGCAGAGUAGAACCGCUCCAUAGAGUUUUCAAGGCUGUGACCUUUUGGAAGCAGAUCGCCAUGCCUGUCUUCUAAGGUGCCUUUGGGCAGGUAUGAAUGAGCAACCUUCCACCUGACCACUUAACUGUAUGUGCCACCCCUGGUAUUUCUAGAAGGAAUCUUUUUUGAGCAGAAGAGAAUAUCAAAGAUCUAUUCAGUAUAAUUUCCCAGCCCUCAAGUACAAAUGUCCAACUCAUUGAGUGCUCAGUCAAGGCUUUCCCUCAGCAAGCAUUUCAUUUUCUUUUUCCUCAUUUUCCUUAUGCUUGUGAAUAAUUUUAUAGCCUAAGAGAGUGAUCACUCAGCAGGAGAUAAGGAUAAUAGCUGACCUUAUGCCAGUUGAAUACUGAAAUAUGUCAAGAAUUUACAUGAAUUUUUUAUAACUUAUUUUUUAUUGUUGAGAAUAUGUACAGCAGAACAUACAUCAAUUCAACUGUUUCUACAUGUACCAUUCAGUGACAUUGAUUACAUUCUUGGAGUGGUACAACCAUUCUCACCCUCCUUUUGUGAGUUGUUCCUCCUCCGUUAACAUUAUCGGCCCCGUAAGAUUUCUCUCUAAUCUUUCAAGUUGUUGUUAAUUUGAUCCCAUAUAGCUAGUUCUUAAAAGAGCAUAGUGCUCAAGGAAGGCAUUUUUUUACUAGUUAAGCUAAACUACUGUUUGGUUUUAAGAAGACUUCAGAGGAUAUUUUUGAUUUAAGUCUUAAAGAUUAUCUCAGAACAAUAGUUUUGGGGGUUCAUCCAGCCUCCAUGGCUCCAGAAAGUAUUGAGUCCAUAAGAAUUUGAAAUUCUGUUCUGCAUCUUCCCCCUUUUAAUAAGGAUUCUUCCACAGAAUCCUUAUCAAAACGUUCAGUAAUGGUAGCUGGGCACCGUCCAGUUCUAGUCUCAUGGCAAAGUAGGCAGCUGUUCAUGGAGGUAAUCAACCCCACAUUCCAUUUCUCCCUUCUAUUCCUGACUUUCCUUCUUCCUCUGUUGCUUCAGGAGAAUAGACACUGAUUUUUAUGCCUUGGAUGGCCAUGGACGGUGUUUUUGAACUUUUAUUAAAAAAAUAAUGUAGAUACAGAAAAAUGCGUGUGUCAUAUAUAGCUUGAUAAAUUUUCACAAACUGAGCACAUCCAUGUAACCAGCAGUCAGAUGAAGACAUAGAACAUGACCAGCAUUUCAGAAGCUUCCCAAUUGGUCUUUGCAGUCACUCACUGCCCUCUCAACAAUGGCAACCAGUAUCAUGAUGUCUAACAGCAUAAAUUAGUUUUGAGUGGAUCAUUUUUUAAUAUUUGAGGUGAGUACUGUUAUUGUCCCUGUUUUGCAUUUAAAAAUCAAGGAGACAGAAGGAGGUUUAAUAACUUGCCCAAGACCACAUACCUAGUAUGUGAAAAAGCUUGGGUUUGACUUCAGGUCAUGUAACCCCAGAGCCAAGUCGUUUACCACUCAGCUUUCACAGAAGAAGUUGAAGGGGGAGGGUAUUAUAAUUUAACCAUUUAGUAAGGGCUUAAACUCAUUUGUUUGUUCUAGAAGUUACAAUAAUCUCCUAACACAGUCCUUUCACCAUACAGGCCACUGGAGCAAGUGGAAAGAAGAGAAAUCAACAUGCAUGUAGGUGAUAGCAGAACAUGGCGUGCACAAGCUUUUGGAAUUUCCAGGUCCUGUAGGAUGACCUAUCUACAUUUUCUUUUUUCCCCAUAGCCUCCAAAUAACUUGCACUCUGCACUUUAUGUAAUUUUGCACCCAGUAAGGGAAGGUAUAAACUAAUUCACACUGAGGUGAGCUAUGUGUUUUCAGUGAGGACAAAUCUCCUGUCCAAUAAGCUGAGAAAUAAAGUCCUAAUUAUGGAUUUAAGGCCAUAGCUCAUCAAAGAGAAUGACUUCAAGGGUCAGAAGGUCCUUGGCAUGCCCAUGACAUGGUACCACAAAAGAAUUCUGAGUUGUCUGCCGGGGGGCUAGUAAUUGGUCCCCUGGAAAGUUCACUGAAUAAUGUUAAUGACCAGUGUCCAAUUAUGGGACAUAAUGUAUAAAAAGGAAGCCCUGGUGGCGUAGUGGUUAAGAGCUACAGCUGCUAACCAAAAGAUUGGCAGUUUGAAUUCACAGGCACUCCUUGGGGCAGUUCUACUCUGUCCUAUAGGGUCACUAUGAGUUAGAAUCAACUCGACGGCAAUGGGUAUAUGGGUAUUACUGUAUAGAAUACUGGAAAGACAUUUCAACCAAGAAAUCUCCUUUAUUCUAAAACAUUAAUCAUAUUAUUAUUAAUAAUAAUAGCUUACCUUUCAGUAACAUUUCACUGUCCACAUAUUGCUUUCUUAACCGCUAUCUUGCUUGAGCCCCAUAACCAUCUUGUGAGAUAGUUGCAGAAGGCAUUCUAUUUCUUCUCCUUCUCCUCAUUGGUUUAAACAUUCAUUCAUUCAAGAAAUUGUUAUUAAGCAUCUACUAUGUCUCAGGCUUUGUGGUGGGGCCUAGACAUACCAUGGUGAGCAUUAUUUCCAUUUUAUCGAGGAAGAAAUUGAGGCCCAAAAAGGGUUCUUGACUUGCCCAAGAUCACAAAGCUACUCUAUCUAAAAUAACAUUCUGUGACUGUUUAACGUGCCAGUGUCUGUGCCAGAUACUUUAAAUGCUGUAUCCCAUUAUAUCCUUCCAACAGCUCUACGAAUUUGAUAAAACCAAAAACCAAACCAGUUGUUACUUUGUCAAUUCCAACUCAUGGUGACCCCCUGUGUGUCAGAGUAGAACUGUGCCUCAUGAGAUUUUCAAUGGCUGACUUUUCAGAAGUAUAUCACCAGGCCUUUCUUCUGAGGCACCUCUGGUGGACUCAAAUUGCCAACCUUUUAGUUAGCAGUCAAUUAUGUUAACCAUUUGCACCAACAAGUAAAGAAAUUUAGGUUCAGAGAUAGGUUAAAUGACUGCCCAACAUCCCACCAGCAUUAAAACCCACGAAAGUCUGACUCCAGGGAAUGAGAGCUUAAACAUUACUUUGUCGUUGUUAGGUGCCAUUGAACAACCUUGCUGUUGGUAGGUGCCACUAUGAGUUGGUUCUGACUCAUAGUGACCUCAUCUACAACAGAAUGAAACAUUGCCUGCUCUUGUGCUAUUCUCAUAGUCAUUGCUAUGUUUGAGCCCCUUGUUGCAGCCAUUGUGUCAACCCAUUUCAUUGAGGAUCUUCCUCUUUUUUCUGGACCCUCUGCCAAGCAUGAUAUCGUUUUCCAGAAACUGGUCCCUUCUGAUAACAUGUCCAAAGUACGUGAGAUGAAGUCUGGCUAUCAUCACUUCUAAGGAGCAUUCUGGUUGUACAUCUUCCAAGACAGACUUGUUUGUUCUUCUGGUAGUCCAUGGUAUAUUCAAUAUUCUUUGGCAGCACCAUAAUUCAAAUGCAUCAAUUCUUCUUCAGUCUUUCUUAUUCAUUGUCCAACUUUCAGAUCCAAAAAUCAAUAGUAUCAGUGAUCCAUCUGAAACCUGAAUGGUCCUCACUGAAGCUUUGACUUCAGUCCAAAUAAUCCAAGGAUAAGAGCCAUAUGGUUCUGUGGGAGCCUGUCAAAUGACAUUGUUGGCUCAAGGACAAGCCUGAGUUCUUGAGUUAAACAGACAUUCCACUGCAUCUUUUACAGAACAGCUUCCUCACCCAAAUGUAAAAUAUAACCAUUUAAACUGAACUGGAAAUAAAGCCCUUAGAAUUUGGAUUUUUAGGAAAAAAGCAACAACUUGAUGCUUUAAUUUAAACACUCUGACCACAAGAGCUGGAAUACCUUAGAGAUAGAAGCCAGACUGACCACUGAAGUCUCCAGUUUCACUUUUCAGAAUGCUCCACCUGGUAAUCUGAGUGCUUCUGAACCCGUUCCUAUCCCAAACUUAGUCCCAUCAUAGGGCAAUCACAUGCCUCAGGGAUAAAUUACUCAAUAAACAAGAUAAGCAUGUGCUUAGCGCAACAACAGAACAGGGGCACCAGUUGUCCAAAGCAAAGACCCAUACAUGAACAUCACAGUGAAAGGGAAGUGGCAGGGCUCUAAAUGAAAUUGUUACCAUUUUAUAAAUUUUGUAUAUGGUAACAAUUAUAUUUUCCUUUACAUUUUGGAUUGAUAGGGUAUGUCUUCACAUUCAGUCCUCUCCAUUGACCACUUAAGAACGCACCAGUGACACUAUAAUCACAUAACUCACAACAUACCUGAUCCUGUGCAAAGCAAACCAAAAUGCAAAGUGCAAAGGGAACUGAAAUUUGUAUCAUGCUCUUUGGGAUCGCUCUUGCCUCUGUCGGAUAUCAGCUGUAGUCCAAGGAACCGUGAAGACACAGCAUCAAAGGACAGAAAAUGAGUGUGCGAUUUUUAAGUAUUAUUUCAAGAUAAGAAGCACUCCUGGAAAUCUGUGAAGGGUCCACCAACAAACAUUGUACCACAAAUGAAUGAAAUUAUUUCUGACUGCCUAGUAAGUACUAAUUCUUUUGACUAUGUCAGACCUGAAGAACAAAACUACAUGUUCCAAAUCAAUUUUUUAGUUACUAAUUUUCAAAAACAAAUUUUUGUGUUAACAUCCAAAUUGAAAUGUGAAUUUUUUUCAUAAAUUUUACUUGUUUUAUGUUUUAUCUAUUUGCAAAUAUUCAAAUUUAUUUGCUACAGUAGAACUGAAUUUAAAAAGUGACAUAAUUUUAUAUCCAGGUAAAAUGAGAGAGCAACAGUUAAGUGGAGCACAAAAACAAAAGCUCACAGGAGAUAAAAAGAAAAAGAUGUGUGAAUCCCUAAAGAAAAUUCCAAAUUUAACUUCCUUUUUAAGAAGUAAUGAAUUAGGAGGCAGGGCCAAGAUGGUGGAGUAGUCAGACCCUUCCAGUGAUCUCUCUUACAACAAAGACCCCCCCCAAAAGUGAAAUGAUUGUAUUUAUAACAAGUUAGGAGCCCUGAACAUCAAAGGCAAAGUUAGAAAACAGACUCAUUGGCAGGGGGAGGAAGAGAUGGUUCAGAAGUGGAGAGGAGUUGCUGGACCUGAAUUGCUGGGAACCCUCAGGCACCAUCCCCAAGAGCAACUGCGGCUGGCUGGUGGUAGCAUUUGGCUGCAGUUUCCUCAGGGAGAAACAGCCAGCUGCACAGCCUACUCACACCAACGGAACUAGAGAAGAAUAUCACUCUCAGCAAAAGCUAAGUACUUGAGUACAACUUACCACACUCCCAGCCCCCAACCCAGGUUCAGUGGCUGUUGAUUUCCCUAGACAGGUGAUAGGUGCUGCUGAAUGACCUGAGCCAUUCUCCCAGCCAUAGAGAAGGAAUAAAUUCACAAUUGCGGGAAAAGAUAAUCUGCCAGCUCCACUAACCUGGGGAGCUCUGGACAGAAGCAGCUCCUGUCAGGCAUAAAAUGUCCAUGGACUUUGAAUACAUUUCCCCCCUGCAUGGACCUGUGUGGGCCAAUUUCAGGAGAAUAGGCCCUUGUUGGCAGACUGCACCUGUUUCAGCUGUGGAGUGGAGAGGUGGAUAUUUGAUGUUUGACACCACUUUGCCUAUUGAACAGGGUCCUCACCCACCCACAUCAGGGGCAUAAGGACUGGUGGCUCCACUCAGGUUGCCCACUGGCCUGUGAUAGGGGUCCAAGGAUAACUGGUACCUCCCAGUUCUUACAACCAAAAGCAUUGGGAGCCCAUCUGCAGAACCCACCCACUUGUGUGCUUUAGGGAACAGGGACACACUUUCCUCACAGACACUUGGGGAUGGUUGCCAGCACUCUACCUUGUUCAGAGAGUGACCCACUGCUGCAGCAAGAUACCAGUACCUACACCAAUCGCCACUGCCCCUCUAAGACUGUAGGACAGAGCCUGGACCACACACUUGGUGACCAACUACCUGGACACCUGAGCUGAAUCCAUACAGGAAAAGUGAUUGAACUCCUAGGCUCAUAUACCUGAUAACAGCUCUAGCCAUCUUCUGACAGGACAUUAGAGCUUCAAAGGCAAAAAUAAGCUAGCUUACUCAAACAACCUAUUUGGGCAUAUCAAAACAAAACAAAGCAAGAUGCUAUGACACAGUAAACAAGCAUAAAUUAAUACAAUAACUUACAGGUGUCUCUGAGGCAACAGUCAUAUCAAGUCACAUAAAGAAACAGACCAUGAUCACCUCAACAAGCUCUCAAAACAAAGAAUCAAGGGAACUUCUGGAUGAAGGUGCCUUCCUGGAAUUACAAGAUAUUUCAGAAUAAACCAACCAAAAAAAACCCUCAGUGCCACUGAGUCGAUUCAGACUCAUAGUGACCCUAUGGGACAGAGUAGAACUGCCCCAUAGAGCUUCCAGGGAGCACCUGGCAGAUUCAAACUGCUGACACUUGAGUUAGCAGCCAUAGCACUUAACCACUACCCCUCCAGGGUUUCCAGGUGCAGAAUACAAAAGAUUAAUAUACAGAACUCUUCAAAACAUCAGGAAGGAGAUCAGGCAACACACAGAACAAGCCACAAACACACAGAUAAAGCAGAUGAAGAAAUUAAAAAGGUUAUUCAAGAACAUAAAGAAAAAUUUAAUAAGCUGCAAGAAUCCAUAGAGAGACAGCAAUCAGAGAUUCAGAAGAUUAACAAUAAAAUUACAUAAUUAGACAACUCAAUAGAAAUUCAGAGGAACAGAAUUGAGCAAGCAGAAGGCAGAAUUGAUAAGAUUGAAGAUAAAGCACUUGGCACCAAUAUAUUCGAAGAACAAUCAGAUAAAAGAAUUAAAAAAAAAUGAAGAAAGCCUAAGAAUCAUGUGGGAUUCUAUCAAGAGAAAUAACCUAUGAGUGACUGGAGUACCAGAACAGGGAGGAACAACAGAAAAUACAGAGAUAAUUGUUGAAGAUUUGUUGGCAGAAAACUUCCCUGAUAUCAUGAAAGAUGAGAAGAUAUCUAUCCCAGAUGCUCAUUGAGCUCCACCUAAGGUAGAUCUUAAAAGAAAGUCACCAAAAUAUAUAAUCAAACUUGCCAAAACCGGAGAUAAAGAGAGAAUUUUAAGAGCAGCUAGGGAUAAACAAAGAGUCACUUACAAAGGAGAGUCAAUAAGAAUGAACUCGGACUACUCGGCAGAAACCAUGCAGGCAAGAAGGCAAUGGGAUGACUUAUAUAAAGCAUUGAAGAAAAAAAAUUGCCAGCCAAGAAUCAUAUACCCAGCAAAAUUGUCUCUCAAAUAUAAGGCAAAAUUAGGGCAUUUCCAGUUAAACAGAAUUUUAGGGAAUUUGUAAAAACCAAACCAAAACCACAAAAGUAGUUUGUAGAGUUCUUUGGUUAGAAAAUCAAUAAUAUCACAUAUCAGCCCAAGCCUAGAACACUGAACAGAGCAAUCAAAUGUCAACCCAGAUAGGGAAAUCAUAAAAAUAAAUCAAGAUUAAAAAAUGCUCAUACAUGGAAACAAUGAUGUCAUUACGUAAAAGAAGUCAAGAUUAAAACAAUAAACAGGGACUAAGAAAUGUAGUCAUAGAUCUUUCAUAUGGAGAAGACAAGGCGAUAGAAAGAAAGAAAUGUUAAGUUUAAACUUAGAAAAAUAGGCAGAAAUAUUAAGGUAACCACAAAUGGGACUAACAAUCCUACACAUCAAAAGAAAAAAUAGAGAUUCAGCAGAAACAAAAUCAACAAUAACAAAUAAGAGGAAAAAGACAACAUAUAAAAACAAACUACUCAGCACAAAAAAAUUAAGUGGGAAAAAGAAACUGUCAUCAACACACAAAAAAAGACAUCAAAAUGACAGCAUUAAACUCAUACCUAUCCAUAAUUACAAUGAAAGUAAAUAGACUAAAUGGACCAAUAAAGAGACAGAGAGUGGCAGAAUGGAUAAAAAAAACAUGGUCUGUCUAUAUGCUGCCUACAAGAGACACACCUUAGACUUAGAGACACAAACAAACAAAAACUCAAAGGAUGAAAAAAAUAUAUCAAGCAAACAACAAUCAAAAAAGAGCAGGAGAGGCAAUGUUAAUUUCUGACAAAAUAGACUUUAAAGUUAAAUCCACCACAAAGGAUAAGGAAGGACACUACAUAGUAAUCAAAGGGACAAUAUAGCAGAAGGAUAUAACCAUAUUAAAUAUUUAUGCACCCAAUGACAGAGCUGCAAGAUACAUAAAGCAAACUCUAACAACAUUGAAAAGUGAGAUAGACAGCACCACAAUUAUAGUAGGAGACUUCAACACACCACUUUCAGUGAAGGACAGAACAUCCAGAAAGAAGCUCAAUAAAGACACGGAAGAUAUAAUGCCACAAUCAACCAACUUUACCGCAUAGACACACACAGAUCACUCCACCCAAUGGCAGCCAAGUACGACUUCUUUUCCAGCGCACAUGGAACGUUCUCUAGAAUAGACCACAUAUUAGGUCAUAACACAAGCCUUACCAGAAUCCAAAACAUCAAAAUAUUGCAAAGCAUCUACUCUGACCACAAGGCCAUAAAAGUAGAAAUCAAUAACAGAAAAAGGAGGGAAAAGAAAUCAAACACUUGGAAACUGAACAAUACCCUGCUCAAAAACGACUGGGUUAUAGAAGACAUGAAGGAUGGUAUAAAGAAAUUCAUAGAAUCCAAUGAGAAUGAAAACACUCCCUAUCAGAAUCUUUGGGACACAAUUAAAGCAGUGCUCAAAGGUCAAUUUAUAUCAAUAAAUGCACACAACCAAAAAGGAGAAAGGGCCAAAAUCAAAGAACUAUCCCUACAACUGAACAAAUAGAAAGAGAGCAACAAAAGAAACCCUCGGGACCAGAAGAAAGCAAAUUAUAAAAAUUAGAGCAGAAUUAAAUGAAAUAGAAAACAGAAAAACAAUUGAAAGAGUUAACAAUACCAAAAGCUGGUUCUUUGAAAACAUUAACAAUAUUGAUAAACUGCUGGCUAAACUGACAAAAGAAAAACAGGAGAGGAAGCAAAUAGCCCAAAUAAGAAAUGAGAUGUGAGAUAUUACAACAGACCCACUGAAAUUAAAAGAAUCAUAUCAGAUUACUACAAAAAAUUAUACUCUAACAAAUUUGAAAACCUAGAAGAAAUGGAUGAAUUUCUAGAAACACACUAUGUACUUAAACUAACACAAACAGAAGUAGGACAACUAAAUAAACCCAUAACAAAAGAAGAGAUUAAAAAGUAAUCAAAAAAUUCCCAACAGACAUCUAAGUCAAUUGGCAAAAUAAAAUCUCUUAAGAAAACAUUCUGCAUCCCACUUUGAAGUGUGGCGUCUGGGGUCUUAAAUGCUAGCAAGCGGCCAUCUGAGAUGCAUCAAAGAGUCUCAACCCACCUGGAUCAAAGGACAAUGAAGAACACCAAGGUCACAAGAUAAUUAUGAGCCCGAGAGACAGAAAGGGCUACAUAAACUAGAGACUACAUCAUCCUGAGGCCAGAAAAACUAGAUGGUGCCCGGCCACAACCGAUGACUGCCCUGACAGGGAGCACAGCAGAGAACCCCUGAGGGAGCAGGAGAUCAGUGGGAUGCAGACCCCAAAUUCUAAUAAAAAUACCAGCCUUAAUGGUCUGACUGAGACUAGAGGAAUCCUGGCGGUCAUGGUCCCCAAACCUUCUGUUGGCCCAGGACAGGAACCAUUCCCAAAGACAACUCAUCAGACAUAGAACGGACUGAGCAAUGGGUUGGAGAGAGAUGCUGACGAAGAGUGAGCUACUUGUAUCAGGUAGACACUUGAGACUGUGCUGGCAUUUCCUGUCUGGAGGGGAGAUAGGAGGGUAGAGAGGGUUAGAAACUGGCAAAAUUGUCACAAAAGGAGAGACUGGAAGGAGGGAGUGGGCUGACUCAUUAGGGGGAGAGUAAGUGGGAGUAUGGAGUAAGGUGUAUAUAAGCUUAUAUGUGACAGACUGACUUUAUUUGUAAACGUUCACUUAAAGCUCAAUAAAAAUUAUUAAAAAAAAAAAAAAGACCAGACUUAAUGGUCUGGCUGAGACUAGAAGGACCCAGUGGUCAUGGUCCCCAAACCUGCUGUUGGCCCAGGACAGGAACCAUCCCCGAAGCCAACUCAUCAGCCAUGGAUUGGACUGAACAAUGGGUUGGAGAGAGAUGCUGAUGAGGAGUGAGCUACUUGCAUCAGGUGGACACUUGAGACUAUGUUGGCAUCUCCUGUCUGGAGGGGAGAUGGGAGGGUAGAGGGGGUUAGAAACUGACAAAAUGGUCAUGAAAGGAGAGACUGGAAGGAGGGAGCGGGCUGACUCAUUAGGGGGAGAGUAAAUACGAGUAUGUAGUAAGGUGUAUAUAAGUUUACAUGUGAGAGACUGGCUUGAUUUGUAAACUUUCACUUAAAGCACAAUAAAAAUUAUUAAAAAAAAAAAAAAAAACUCCCAACAAAAGAAAGCCCUGGCUCAGACGGCUUCACUGCAGAGUUCCACCAACCUUUCAGAGAAUAGUUAACACUGCUACUACUAAGGGUAUUUCACAGCAUAGAAAAGGAUGGCAUACUCCUAAGCUCAUUCUAUGAAGCCAGCAUAUUCCUGAUACCAAAACCAGGUAAAGAAACUACAGAAAAAAAGAAAAUUACAGACCUAUAUCCCUCAUGAACUUAGAUGCAAAAAUUCUCAACAAAAUUCUAGCCAAUAGAAUUCAACAACAUAUCAAAAAAAUAGUUCACCAUGACCAAUGGGAUUCAUACUAGGUAUGCAGGGAAGGUUCAACAUUAGGAAAACAAUUAAUGUAAUCCACCGUAUAAAUAAAACAAAGGAUAAGAGCCACAUGACCUUAUCAAUUGAUGCAGAAAAGGCAUUUCACAAAGUUCUACACUGAUACAUGAUAAAAAAAAAAACUCUCAGCAAAAUAGGAAUAGAAGGAAAAUUCCUCACCAUAAUAAAACACAUCUAUACAAAACCAACAGCCAACAUCAUCCUAAAUGGAGAGAGUCUGAAAGCAUUCCCCUUGAGAUCGGGAAUCAGAAAAGGAUGCCUCUUAUCACCACUGUUAUUGAACAUUGUGCUGAAGUUCCUAGCCAGAGCAAUUAAGCCAGAUAAAGAAAUAAAGGGCAUCCAGGUUGGUAAGGAAGAAGUAAAAGUAUCUCUAUUUGUAGAUGAUAUGAUCUUUUACACAGAAAACCCUAAAGAGUCCUCAAGAAAACUACUGAAACUAAUAGAAGAGUUCAGCAGAGUAUCAGGAUAUAAGAUAAACAUACAAAAAUCAGUUGGAUUUCUCUACAUCAUCACAAAAAAAAAAAAACAUUGAAGAGGAAAUCACAAAAUCAAUACCAUUCA